AUGAAACCACUUCUUUCCAUUCCCGGGAACAAUUCAAACAUCCUUGAGGUAUGGGAAACAAACUCAUCUGGGAAGUUUCAUGGUAUCUUUUUGGAGAAUAUAAUGAGAAAUCCCGCCAUCGACUGGUGGAAGGACAGAAGACUUUACCAUAUACCAGAAUAUGUGAAAUUAUUAACAAUGAACAAGCAUGGGCAGUGGCUCUGGUCGAUGGAUUUCUUUACCAAUGGAUCUACAGCAGAUAUGAAGAGCUGGAUGAAUGCUUCCAAUAUACUAAGUAAUGAAUACAAGAAUUCAGUCAGUGGAAUAUCACUCGGUCAGGAUAUUCUUGCAAUUCAUAAUGGAAGGCACUCGGUCUGUUUUUUACAUGGAGAUAUACUGAAAGAUGGAUCGGGCUCAAGAGUCACUGUUUUCACCCUGAAUAAACAGCCACAGCCAGUCUUUGCUUCAAUGCCCUGGGGGAUUUUUCGGAUAAUGGAGAACGUUGACAAUGAUAACAGCUGUCGGACAAAAUGCGCAGCACUGGCUGGUUUCAUCUUUAAAAAUGAUGCACAGCAGCAAAUUACUGUUAACUGUACAAUUUUUGACAUUCUAGAAAAAUCCUUGGUGAUUGCUGAUCGAGUGGUCAUUCUGGGGUAUUACCAUAAAGAAGAACCAAAAGUGAGCAAAUGGGAAUUCUUGAAUAACUUUACUUAUGAGGAAAUUCAAAAUAUCAUGAGACCAGUUCUGGAAAAUACCAAGACCGAGGGGACAGUACCAGUACGGAAUUUGUCGUCCAGUGUAAGGAAAAAGGAGAGUGCUCCAGACCACCGGAAGUCAUCACAAGGCAUUGGAAUUCUGGGAGGGUUUCUACUGGGAUUUACUUUUAUUUUAAUCUUUAUCUCUGACGUCAUGAUAUUGAAGGUCCAUCUUGGAGCCAUGUAUCAGAAUUUAUUCCGACUAUUUAAAGUCGAGAAAAAAAAAUCGAGCGUAGAAAUUAAAGCUCAACAGCAACAAUAAUUGAUAGCUGAACAUUUUCCUGUGUAUUUAAGUUUUAUUUACAAGAAGAAUUUGCUCUCAAUUGCCGCCCAGGCAACAAACUAAGUAGAUGUUUGUCUUAUUUGGGUAGAUCAAUGUC